GCUGACUGCUCCAACAUCAGGAAGGGAAAGGAAUGUUACCCUAGUCGCAGCAACUAUGAACGCUUUGAAGUUUUGAAACUCUUGUGGGCCAGAUUAACGGAUGACCAACGAAUCCACUACAUCCUAAAUCAAGUGUAGAGGCUUUUAAAGGAAGAAACGGAGUUGUCACCUGCCAAGACUCGCUGUCGAAAGUUUUGUUAUGGUGGUUUGAUGGCUAGCUAGCAAGGAACGUGUAUGUUAGCUACCAAGCUAAUCUGCCCGCUUACUUGUAUUAUUAGCUAAGCUGCUAACUGCAACGUUAUCGUAGUUUUGACGAGUUAAUAAUUAACCUCGCUCUCACUGCUUUCUGUUAUCUGGUCGUCAUAUUGGUCGCCAGAUCCAGUUAAUUAAAGAAGAGGUUUACACAUUUGGAAACAGUUUAGCCUCAGCUGGUGUCGACUUGUGAACGCAUGUAAUCAAAUGAGGAACAUAUCUUCUAGUAGCGAUACCGUUGCAGCUAGUAAGCUACCAGACGAGAAAAGUUGCUCAAGAUGAAAUUGUUAGGCCUCGGGCAGUCUGCGCUGAUUUCAGUGAGUUUUUGUCUUUAAUUCGCCACAUGGUUAGCACCACAUCAAUGCACGAGAGUUGACGUUUUGCUUGGAAUGUUUGAGAUAUCGAAUAAUAAUAUUCGCACCGCCAUCUGAGCGGAACAGACAGAAGUUCCCUUUUGGACAGAUUGCUAGCUAGCUAACUUCCACUCGCUAAGGAAAAAGUAUUUUUUUUCUUAACAUUGGGCUGCCUUGUCAAACUGCAUAGUGUUGAUUGAAGAAGCCUUCGACGGAGUCUGUGCCAUAUAAAAACGAAGACAUUUUACUUUGUUAGCUAGGGGGGAAAGUUUCUUCAAACGGUUUGCUAACGUUACCUUCCAAAGCUAGCUAGCGCCUUCAAAACCCAUAGUUGCCACCUAUGCGAAGACACCCUGAUGCCGAUCAGCCUUUUGAACUUCCUCAUUGAAGUUUGAGCCAUAUCUGCCACCCGCUGUCACGUCCGUGUGCCAGGCUGGCGCUGAGUUUAAUUGUGUACCGGUAGUCAGUGAUGCCGUGGCGUGGACCCAACAACUGACACUAUGGGAGGAUGCGUGGGAAGAGAGCGUGGGGAUUCACGCGGACAGGGGUCGUCCCGCGCUGGUGGCAGGACCGGACGGAAGCGUGGAGCCCGUAACGAGCCCCUGAAGAAGGAGCGUCCCAAGUGGAAGAGCGACUACCCGAUGACCGAGGGCCAGCUGCGCAGCAAGAGAGAUGAAUUCUGGGAUACGGCGCCGGCCUUCGAGGGCCGCAAGGAGAUCUGGGACGCACUGAAGGCGGCCGCCGUCGCCCUGGAGACCAACGACCACGAGCUCGCGCAGGCCAUCGUGGACGGAGCCAGCAUCACACUCCCACAUGGCACGCUGAAUGAGUGUUAUGACGAGCUGGGCAACCGCUACCAGCUGCCCGUGUACUGCCUGGCUCCGCCCCUUAAUCUGAUCUCCGAGCGCAGCGACGAAGAGCCGUCCGACACGCCCGACCCCCCCGCCCCCCCCAGGAAGGAGUUCUCCCUCAAGGUGCGUCUGUCGACGGGGCGAGACGUGCGCGUGAGCGCCAGCAUGGCGGACUCCAUCGGUCAGCUGAAGAAGCAGCUGCAGGCGGCGGAGGAGAUCGAGGCGCAGCACCAGCGCUGGUUCUUCAGCGGGAAGCUGCUCACCGACAAGACGCGGCUGCAGGACACCAAGAUCCAGAAGGACUUCGUCAUCCAGGUCAUCGUCAACCAGCCGCCCACACACACCACACACACACACACACACACCACGCCCACACACACCACGCCCACACACACCUCGCCAACACACACCAGCCCCACACACACCACCCCUACACACACCACGCCCACACACACCACCCCCACACACACCACCCCCACACACACCACCCCAACACACACCAGCCCCACACACACCACGCCAACACACACCACCCCAUCCCCCCCCUCCUCCCCCACCACCCCCAACAACUGACCUGCACCAGGGGGCCAAGGAGCAGCACGAGAGGACAAGUGUGUGUGUGUGUGUGUGUGUGUGUGUGUGUGUGUGUGUGUGAGGAUACGGAGGUGGAGAGGAGCCGCUGCGGGAGGACGCAGAUGAUUCUUCUUUUCUCAUAAAUGCCGCCAUUAAAGAUGGACUCUAGAUCUUCACCUGCUGGACUCAGCCAUUGAUUGGACUCGUAAGAGCCUACAUGUCCCCAAUUCCACCCCCCCAACACACACACACACACACACACACACACAAGAAGUGUGUUGCAUCCAACUCACUGUCUUACCACAGAGCCCCGCGCCUCCCUUAUGCUGAUGAUGGACUGUGUGUGUGUGUGUGUGUGUGUGUGUGUGUGUGUGUGAGUACAUGCGUUAUAGAGGAGAUUUGAGAUGUGUGUGUGAUGUUGGAAUGUACCUCUUGGGUACCUGUGUGCCUUUCUAGAGAUGUCCAGAUGAGAUACACACUUGAUUCAACGUGUGUGUUUGUUAGAGUGACCAUAGAUGAUGAUGUACUUUAAAGUCUCUCCAAUCUCUGUGUGUGUGUGAGAGAGAGAGAGAGAGAACUGCCCCCUAAAUACACCAAACCACACACACACACACACACACACACACACCCACCCGUAGAGGACCACCGGUUCUGGUUUCUCUCAGAACUUUGACUCUUCAGAAAGAACCUUGAGAAUAAUAAUGGAGCGCCAAACUACCGGAAUGGAUUCUGUUGCUACACACACACACGCACACGCACACGCACGCACACACACACACACACACACCUUUCCAGUGCUGCUGGCCCAUGCUGUCAAUCCUACUGUUUUUGUGAACUCCUAAUUCAUCAUGUGAGGAAAUCAAACACGAGUCACAACUCUCAGCUAAACACACACACACACACACACACACACACACACACACACACAUAUCAGGUGUGGGGAGCCGUGCUGAUGGGCAGGGGAGAAUGUGAAGGGUCUAUUGUCCAUGUUGAACACCAUAAGCCUUAAGAGAGGGCCGAGCCUAAGGCCAUAGCAGUACUGUGUGUGUGUGUGUGUGUAGAACAUCACAUUUCAACAGUUCUGUUGCAGUGUGUAGCAAUGGAACUGGUCUUGUCAAAGUGCAGUUCAGACAGAUUCUGUGUGUGUGUGUGUGUGUGUGUGUGUGUGUGUGUGUGUGUGUGUGUGUGAGAGACAGAAGAACCGUGAUGAGCCUGUCUCCAUGACGAUCACGAGAGGAGCCCGUCACCAUGACGAUGGUGAUGAGGAGACUGCAAGAUGAUGCUCCAGAAAGAUCUGUAAUCUGAAGAAUGUCGAUGGAAGAACUCGUCUGUCCACUGAUGUCCAUGUGUGUGCUUCUGAACUGAACGAUUAAAGAAGAUAUAUAAGA